AUGAAGAAAUCGAAACCGAAGCAGCCAUUAUGGCAGCCAGACACCUCGUGUCGACCUCCUCCUGGAAAAACAUAUCUGACGAUCGGUCAAGAUUUCUUCUCCAUCGAAGAAUAUCUUCUGAGUCAAUAUAAUGCUAGUUUGGAAGAUAAUAGUAUGCGCCCAUUGUCAUCCUUCGACCCCGCGGCCACCAUGUUUUACACGGACAUUCAAGAACUGAGAGGAUUGGCGGAACCCGUCGACUAUGGGAGUGGAAUUGAAUAUGCUGAUGCCUUGCAGGAGGCUUUUCCAAAAUCCGGCAUUCAAAUUGGUUUGUGGUUGAAUGGGACGGCCGGUUGUGAAGACAUUGUCGAUGGAGCGUUGGACCUGCAAAUCAAAGAAAUGUACAAGGAACUCCAAAAAUUGCACGUACCGAAAGUAUUCUUGAGGGUAGGAUAUGAAUUCGACAAUCCUUGGUUUGGCUAUUCCAGUGACCCUCUUGUUUAUCAACAAGCCUUUCAAUAUUUAGUCCAAGCCUGCGAAGUCCAACUUUCCAUACCGGGCUGUCAUCGCGUCGUAUCCUUUGUGUGGCAUUCUUGGGCAGCUCCCAAGGUAGCACCGUUGGCAGACUUUUAUCCUGGAGACAAAUACGUCGACUGGGUCGGUGUUUCCAUCUUUCAACAAUUGUAUCCAUGGGCCAAUGAAAAGGCGAAUGGCGACUUUGCGGGAGGAACCUUGGCACAAGUGCAAGAAGUCUUGGAUUUUGCUCGAGAUCAUGACAAACCAAUCAUGAUUGCCGAAUCCACUCCCUUUGGUGGCAUGUUUUUCGAAAAUCAACCACCUGUUGACUUUGAUGACAAAGAUGACAUGGACAUUUGGGAUCUAUGGUUCCAACCCACUUUGGAUUUGAUUGAAGAAUAUGAUAUUGGAAUGUGGUCGUACAUCAAUUGCGAUUGGAAUUCCCAACCCAUGUGGGCAGGAGUUGGUUUUGGAGACACACGGAUUUCGUCGGUUCCGAAAGUCAUGGCCAAUUGGCGGCAACGGGUGCUGGGAAACCCUCGAUUUGUCACCAACAAACUGGAUUGUUACAGCAACAUGCAUGCCCAAUACAAGAAUCACUACACGCCAGCAAUGGGAGCAAUUGGAACCAGUGGUCGUGCCAGCGUGUACAACUUGGAUUCCUUUUCCACAAUCCUUCCAGCAAUACUGGUGGUCGGAAUACUCUUCAUACUUGGAUCGACCAUUCAAAGGCUCUACUGCAAACUCCGAGUGGACGAACCAACCGAAAGCCAGACCAAACUGUUACUCGAAGAGGAGGAGGAUCCAUUGAAGACAGGAGGGUACGGUGCAGUAGGUUCCAAUGUAAGUAGUCGCGACGAGCAUGACAAUAGUGGGAGGUGGAGUGUCAAUCUAUAA